AUGAGUCAUGAAGCAAACAGAGUAGAAAACAACAGUUCGAGUCCUUGUAACGUCGCUAGAGAAACAACGAUCGUGGAGAUACACACCGUUUGUCUCCCGCCUGAGAAAACCGCGUUUCAGAAGCUAAAACGCCGCGUUGCGGAUGUCUUUUUCCCCGACGAUCCGUUACAAAGAUUCAGGAACCAAACAUGGAGAAACAGAGUGGUUUUGGGUUUAAAAAGCAUAUUUCCGAUAUUCACGUGGGCACCGCAGUACAAUCUCAAGCUUUUUAGAUCUGAUGUUAUCUCUGGUCUCACCAUUGCUAGCCUCGCCAUUCCUCAGGGAAUCAGCUACGCCAAAUUAGCAAACUUGCCACCCAUUAUUGGUCUUUAUUCAAGCUUUGUGCCACCACUUAUAUACUCAAUUCUAGGAAGCUCAAAACACCUUGGAGUAGGUCCUGUCUCAAUAGCAUCACUAGUGAUGGGUUCUAUGCUUAGCGAGAGUAUCUCUCCGACACAAGACUCCACCCUUUACCUCAAAUUAGCCUUCACAGCCACUUUCUUUGCUGGUGUAUUCCAAGCCUCUCUUGGCCUUCUUAGGCUAGGUUUUGUGAUUGACUUCUUGUCAAAGGCAACUCUAAUUGGGUUCACUGCUGGUGCUGCUGUCAUUGUGGCAUUACAACAACUCAAGAGUCUUCUUGGGAUUGUCCAUUUCACAAGCCAAAUGCAAAUUGUUCCUGUAGUCUCCUCUGUUCUCAACCACAGAUCUGAAUGGUCUUGGCAACCCAUUGUGAUGGGACUGGUCUUCUUGAUCAUCCUGUUAACCACAAGACACAUUAGCAUGAAGAAGCCUAAACUUUUCUGGAUAUCAGCUGCAGCACCAUUGACAUCUGUUGUUAUCUCAACUGUAUUCGUCUACCUUAUCAGAUCCAAGACUCAGUCCAUCUCCUUUAUUGGGUAUCUACCAAAGGGUUUGAAUCCACCUUCACUAAACAUGUUGUUCUUCAGUGGUACUCAUCUUGCUCUAGCCAUCAAAACCGGCUUAAUCACUGGCAUUCUCUCCCUCACAGAAGGGAUUGCUGUAGGAAGAACAUUUGCUUCUCUCAAGAACUAUCAGGUCAAUGGUAACAAAGAAAUGAUGGCAAUUGGUUUUAUGAAUAUGGCUGGUUCUUGUACUUCUUGCUAUGUUACAACAGGAUCUUUCUCUCGAUCUGCUGUGAACUACAACGCUGGAGCACAAACAGCGGUUUCUAACAUUGUCAUGUCCUCAACAGUACUUGUAACGCUUUUGUUUCUGAUGCCACUAUUCUACUACACUCCUAACGUGAUCUUAGCAGCUAUCAUAGUAACCGCAGUGAUAGGGCUCAUCGACUAUGAAGCUGCUUACAAGCUGUGGAAAGUCGAUAAGCUCGAUUUCUUGGCUUGUAUAUGUUCUUUCUUUGGUGUUCUCUUCAUCUCAGUGCCUCUUGGCCUAGCUGUAGCAGUGGGAGUUUCGGUUUUGAAGAUUCUGUUGCACGUAAUCCGACCAAACACAGUUGAAUUAGGAAACAUCUCAGGGACUUUGAUAUAUCAGAGUCUUGAAAGAUAUACAGAAGCCUCAAGAAUCCCUUCUUUCCUAAUUCUUGCCAUCGAAUCUCCUAUCUAUUUCGCCAACUCUAGUUACCUACAAGAUAGGAUCUUGAGAUGGAUCAGAGAAGAGGAAUCACGGAUAAAAGAGAAUAAUGAGAGUAGCUUGAAAUGUAUAGUUCUUGACAUGACAGCUGUAACGGCGAUAGACACUAGCGGGAUUGAAACCGUGUCUGAGCUCAGAAAGAAGCUUGAGAAGCAAGCACUUCAGUUUGUGCUGGUGAAUCCAGUAGGGAGCGUGAUGGAAAAGCUACACAACUCAAAGAUCGUAGAGUCACUCGGACUUGGUGGAAUUUAUCUCACUGUUGGUGAAGCUGUUUCUGAUAUCUCAUCAACAUGGAAAGCUCAAUAUGCUCAGCCUUAA